CUCAAUGGACAUGGGUUUGGGUGGACUCCGGGAGUUGGUGAUGGACGGGGAGGCCUGGCGUGCUGCGGUUCAUGGGGUCGCAAGGAGUCGUACAUGACUGAGCAACUGAACUGAACUGACCCCCAAACCAAUGAAUCAGAAUCUCCGUGGUGGGGUCCAGCAGAGAACCCUUGGUGAAGGUUGCAUCACUCAAUGUUUUCACUUCCACACUUUCCAUCUGGAUCAAGCUCAGGAACAGAACACAUCUGUGGCUGGAUCAGAGCUACCAUCAAAGGGGUCAGCUGCUCACGCUGGCAUCACACUUUACAAAGUACUGACAUGUCUGUCUGCAAACAGCCGCCACCACCAUCAGACCACACAGCGUUCAUUAUCUUUUCACGUUUGAGAAGAAACAACAGGCUCAGAGAGCUGAACUACUUUGCCAACCAUUCUAUCAAGUAAAUGGAGGGAAAGGGCCUUGAUUCCAGGACUCCUUUCCUUCUUCUGUUUCCAUCCUCUGUUCCCUGUGCCCAUGGAGGUCAGACUCCCCAAGACUCCAAAGGUGUGUGAGAGAUGUUUGACCUCGAGAUCAUGAUCGCCAUUGGGAGCGCCUUACUGAUUACAGCUUUCGUGCUCAUAGGCGUCGUCAUCUGUCUUUACUACAAAGUAGCCAACACGUUAAAUGUUGCAAAGACACCCAUUGCUACGACCAUUACCUGCAGUGAUCAAGAUAAGGUCACCAAGGCUGCAACCUCCACCCCCGAGUCUUACCCCAGCUUCCGGUGCUAUGAAGAAUGUAACUUGCCUGCCAACUUUGAUCCCCUGACAUCGUGCUUCUGUGACAUAAACAAGGGACUCAAUACAGAAUGAGUAAUAGAAGGUGGUUAUAAACACCAACUGCCACCAUCUGACUAGUUACAGAAACAAGGACUCUGUCGUGAAUAUUUCCUCCUUAUUUGUUAUGAAUAUGUUGUAUUUACAUAUGUUAAGCAAA